UGUCGGGCUGUCGGCGCUCGGCGCGCGGGGUUGUGGCCGUCACCGUCAGUCGUCGGGUGAGCGGGGUGCGACGCAAACGCGGACUCGGACUAUGGCGGAAGGGCUGAUCCUCAUUCCCAUAAAAGGGUCGAGUUGAUUGUGGUGUGGAUACGUUUGGUCCCCUGCGCUCGUCACAAAAUCUGCGGAACGGAAAAUAAAAAUGGAUCUUAAAAUGUAAAAACUACUAUUGUUGUUAUAUUAUAGAAUUGUUCUUGGAACAAGAGAAAAAAAUACUUAUGUAUACAUUAUAGAUUGUUGAAAUUAGAUGACAAAUUCUAGAGGGUGAAUAUAUUCCUAACAAAGAGGCAAUUAUACAGACAAAAUGGCUUCACAAAGAUUCUGCUUGAGGUGGAAUAACCACCAGUCGAAUAUGCUGUCUGUAUUUGACCAGCUACUUCACGCUGAGACCUUCACCGACGUUACUCUAGCAGUAGACGGCCAGCUACUAAAAGCCCACAAAAUGGUACUAUCAGCUUGUAGUCCGUACUUUCAGGCUCUUUUCGUCAACCACCAGGAAAAACAUCCCAUUGUCAUUUUAAAAGACGUUCCUUAUUCAGAUAUGAAGAGUUUAUUAGAUUUCAUGUACCGAGGGGAAGUGAGCGUCGACCAAGAGCGAUUGACGGCAUUCUUAAAAGUAGCUGAAAGUUUGAGAAUAAAAGGACUCACGGAAGUGAACGAAGAAAAAUGUGAUAUUCCGGCUCUUACAAAUUCUUUAAUUCAACAACAGCAACAAACUUCUGCCUCCGCCCACACCCCUCCACCACAGCUUCACCGAAUACAUCCCUACAUGCAACAAAAGAGACCAGCUUCGGGCAUGCCAAGCGGCGGAGCACCCCCAAAUUUAUUAAUGCCUUUGCUCGGAAAUGCUCUAAUGCAGCCUAAAAGAAAAAGAGGCAGGCCGAGAAAACUAAGCGGGAGUUCGAGUGACGCCCUGACGACCGCAGCGAGUCCGCCGGGAGAGUUCAUACCCGAGUCGGCCGCCCACGCCGCCUCCAACAGGCCCGGUGACCAGCUGAUCAGAGGGUCCCCGGAGAUGCUGGAGGUGAAGAUGUCGAUGGAGGGGUUCAGCGCCGAGGACGGCGCGACGUCGGGCGGCGAGGAGCUGCUCAUCGACGAGGGCGAGGACGCGCACUCCACAGACGCGCAGCUGGCCGGCAAGGACUCCGAGUCUGCAGGACGGGCGUCACCAGAUUCCGAAAAUAAAGAUGCAAGGUAUGUCCAUUCCCCGACAAACGACGGGCACAGCAAGAUCCGCGUGAACCCGGCCACGCAGGCGGCGUCGACGUCAGGCGACGGCGCGUACGCCGAGUCGCUCAACAACAACCAGGCGCGGCCCGCCGUGCGCCGCCGCAUCCGCCGCCGCGCCAACUCCGCCUCCAACGACCCCGCCGAGCAACUCACCGAGAUGUCCGUUCGAGGACUCAAUCUCUUUAGAUACGCCUCCGUAAACGAAGGAGUCUACCAAUGCACCGAAUGUGCCAAGGAGAACAUACAGAAAACUUUCAAAAAUAAGUAUUCAUUCCAGAGGCACGCUUUCCUUUACCACGAAGGGCAGCAGAGAAAAGUGUUUCCGUGUCCUGUUUGUUGCAAAGAGUUCUCUAGGCCGGAUAAGAUGAAAAACCAUAUGAAGACUACCCACGACUGUUACGUGCCAAAAGACUGCGUGUAUCCGCCGAAUGCGUACUUCAUGUUGCCGGGGAUGGAGGCGCAGCUGCCGCCCGGUAUCAAGCUGGAGGCGCUGGGCGGCGCGCCGCACUCGUCGCCCGACCCCGCGCAGGUCUGACGCGCACCAAUCGCGCCCGCGCCGCGCCGCACUCGCUGACCUCGCGCAGGUCUGCAUGUGUACUAGGCGAGCCCGUCCGGUGCGACAACUGAGCGCAUUUAAUCCAUCUUUUUUAUCUCGGCUUAGUAUUAACAUUACGUAUCUAUCAAUUCCAUACAAAUUGUCAUUGCGCCUCGAAAACCUAUUUUCACAUAGUUUCCUAAUUUGUUUUGAGUAUAUGUAUAAGAAGAAUGAAUUCAGAGUUCAAUAGAAGUAGUUAUUUAUUCUAUUUUUUGAGUAAAAUUUUAAUGUACUUUUACUAGCUGCAUUACUACGCUAAACUUUUUUCCAAUCAUACUGUUAUGCAUUUAAUAUCUAACGUUCGUUACAUAAAGAUUAUAGGUACUUGUUAAAAAUUACGGUUGUGCAAAUUAUUAGUAGACAAUAAUUGUUUGAGGCCAGUUUCGCAAUAAUAGCAAAAGCGAGUUAUUGUAAAAGUUAAUGUGUAAGUAAAUAGCAUUAAUGGAUGCUGUACAAGUCUGAUUCGAGCCUUCCGUGCAACAGUUCUGUCCACACGCUGAGCGCACAUUCCGUGCUGUCAGUGUCGCAGCUCUGAAAUAUAUAAGUACUAGGUGUGAUACCGUAAGACAUAACCAAAGACUGUAAUUAACAUUUUAAACUGUUUUCACAAUAGCAAGUUAACUAAUCGCGAUCUACUUAAGUCUGAAACCAGAGUAAUAUCUCGAUAGAGAGAGACAAUGGAAGCCAUGUAGCAACUAGUGGGGCAACAUUUUGAUACAGACCGCUAAUGCUCAUGACUGUCUUCAAUUUGGGUGUACGAGUAGGUAUGUUUCGACAAGUAGGCCUAGUUAUAUUAUACGUAUACCCAUGUGACGUUGAUAUAGAUUAAAAAUCUGAUAUAGAUAUUCACAGCACGUGUAGCGAUUGCCUAAUUCAGUAUACAUUUACAGUAUAUGUAUUUAGUAUUGGAGUCUAACUAAAUUGAAAUUAACAUAUGAAACAAAAGAUGGAUUAUCUUUGGACUGUAAGUGCCUUGAUGCCUAGAGUUAUAGCGGAAGGAAUCACUUUUGUCGAAAUAGAUUAUAAUUGUUUUUAAUUACUAUUCAUACUCUAAAUUUUUAUCUAAUAAAGACUUAUUAAUAGAAGAUUUUAUUAUGUAAAUGUUUAACUAUAUUAGUGAGUCUACAGUUGAUAAAAUAACUAUUAUUAAGCAACUUUGCAAGAGUUAUAUAUUUUCAGAUUUAUCCAUUAUCUAAUACCGACCUAAGUAGUUAGGUACUGAAGUAAAUUAAUGAUAGUGCCAUAGCACAAAAUAUAAAUGUUGUAUAUUAGGAAUGUUUCCAAUUCUUAUGAGUAUUCCCUUUUAACGAUUAGUAAGGUAGAUAGGACCGAGGUGCGCGCGCCGCACCGCGUCGCGUCGCAUCGCGCCGCACCGCGCCGCCGCGCCGCCCGGGCGACAAUCACCAGUUCUUCCAUUAAUAAGGAAAAUCUAAUGUUAUACUUUAAAAUAAUUACGUUACGACUAAUCUCCAUUCUAAUGUUAAGUUCUUUGUUGUGGAGAUGAUUAAAAUACGAGCGAUUAUUAGGUAGUAACCAGAAUUUUAAAUUGAUUAAUAUUGUAUACUUUAAAGAUGUUAGUUACAAAUUGAGUUUUUGUAUUUUAAUAAUUAGCGCACAAGUUUAAUAUAGCUUAUGUUAAGUUUAUCAUAGAGUUUGGUAGGUCACGUUCUUGUAUAUAAUUAAUGGUAUAGUUAGUUGCAGUAGUUUAAUAAUCACCAAGAGGUAUUAAACGCGAGGCAGUCGCGGCUGCCGCGCAGUAGGUACAACGCAGCGCCAAGCUAAAUUUGGACUUUCAAUUCUCCUCGUUAUUUUCUUUAUCUUUAUGUGUUUUUUUUUUCACUACAUAUAUUUUACUUUUGGUUAUCCUUACUUACAAAAAUAUACUUAACCGUACGGUGGAGUGUUACUUUCUUCUCUUUUUUUGUAGUAUUUUAUUUUGUGAUAUUAGUGCUAACUAAGUUGGCUUUCCUGUUCAUUGUUGAGUUAUUAUAUUUCUUGUCUUUCACCUUAAUCCAUGCUGCAAGGCAGCGAAAAUUUUAAAUUCGACAAAACAAUUAUUAUCUUUUGAUAGUACCUAAGUAUUACAAACUAAUAAAUUCACGAAUAUUAUGACAAUAUUGACAAUCCUAUAAAUUAGGUAUGCUUCUAGUAAAGAAUUAGUGGGUAGUUAGCAGUAGACUGUAAAGCAAAUGACACUUAGUGAUCGAUCGUCUCUUGCUAAAAGACAUCACCGUCAUAUUGAGUAUUCUGUUAUGAAAUCUACUGGGAUACCUUUUAAGUAUCUGUUUUAUUUACUAUUCUUGUUAUUUUCAUUAUUGAACCUUUAAAACGCGUCAAAAUGUAUGUGAGUUGACAUUUCGUUAUAACAUUAAAAUGUUAGCAGAUUUCAAAUUAUUUAAUAAGAUAACAUUUCAGAUAUGUAAGUAAAAAGUAACAUACAUACUAAGAUUCUAAUCAAUAGAUAUUACAUAUAUACAUAGUGAAUGCAUAUUUAACAUAAAUAAGUACUUCACUGAAAUAAGUAGGUACUUACGUAUUUCUUCAAGAUCUGCGUUUAGACAUAUUGUUAAAAUCAUAACAGGUACCUAUAUAUAUAGCUUAUCUCUCCCCGUAAAGAAAUAUAUGCAAUUUUCAGCAUACAUUUAGUUACAAAAUGAGGAUCGUCGGUGAAAGUUAUUUUUUUUACGUCUUAAGUGCAAUUUAUAUUAGUGUUGAUUUGUUUUCUAUAUUCUAUUGAUUUUAGUUUACUAGUGUGCUGACCAGAUUUAUAACAAUAUAUUGAUUAAAACAGCUUGUUCAAAAUAUAACUACAAAAAACAUAUACAUACUAUCUCCUCUUAAAAAUACUUACUAUUUACAUAUGUUUAUACAGAUAUCUAUUCUUAGAGUCCCUUUUAAAAAAGGAUUUCUUUUGUGUAUUAAUUUUAAUUAAUUAUUAUUUGGGCCAUAUCCUAAUAAAGGAAAACCGUAAGUUUAUAUGGGUACAUCUCUACCUAUUCUCUAGCCAGUUUGUAGAUGCGACUCGAAACAAAAACGAUUCGCUAUUUAUGUGGCGUAGUGAUGUUAUAUUAAGUAAACCUCAUUUUCCAAAAAAAUAUAGUUGGUAUUAUAGCAACCAAAUCCAGAUACAUUGACAAUUGCCGUCCUUCUCAGUUACUCGUACCUACGCUACUGCUGAGGAUGCGCGGCUUGAGCCAUACGACCCUUCUAAAAGCUAAUUUAAAGUCAGUUUCAAUAGUAGUGACAAGCCUGCAAACGGUUCAUCCGUUGUAUUUACAUAGAUAGGUAGGUGUAUCUAGCAAUCGUUUUAAAUUUUUAAAGCUUUAACGAUUAAAACUGAUGUAAAUUAAACAAAUGUUUAUUUUAUUUUAACAAGAAGUCUAAAAUACUUUUUUUAUUAUAAAAAUAUAACUAUUUUACCAUCGUCAACUCGUUAAAUAACGUGAAUACAUGUAACACUAAAAGUAAUCCAAAUAAAAUAUAAACAAUA